CGCACAGACGACAGAUUUGGCAAACGCACGUUGUUGAAAUUUUCGCCAGAUUUUGACUUUUUGAUAUAAAAUCACAACUAUUUCUCUUUAUAUUAUGGCACAGGCAGUAAAUGACAAGGUUAAAGACUUUAAGGAAAAAUGUAAGAAAGAGGCUGAGCACAUUGUACUGGAAGUGUUCCCAGAGAAAGUGAAGGAGCUGGAUGAUUUAUUACAUUCGGACAUGUUCAGUUUGAAGAGGAUCAGUUCAAUCCACCAUGACGUUAAUAUCCCCGUCCCUGACCCUGCGCUUUUCAAUGACACAGAGGAACCCACCUCCAAAAAGAGAAGAAUUGACAGUGAGAAAAACCAUUUAGAUAUAUCAGGCUCUCUGAUAGUUGGUCUUCCAAAUGGUGUUUCACCAAGUAACCCCAAAAUCUGUGAAAUUAUAGAGAAAUUGAAGCCAAGUAUUAUGGAGUUACUGGAAUCAUCAAAUCAGGUGAAGAUGUGGAUCACAUAUCUUAUUCCUAGAAUAGAAGACGGCAAUAAUUUUGGAGUUUCUAUACAGGAGGACACGUUAGCAGAAGCGCGUCAAGUGGAGAGUGAGACGGCGACCUUCUUAGACCAGAUGACCCGCUACUUCAUUCACAGGGGGAAACUCAUCUCAAAAGUGGCCAAGUACCCACAUGUGGCUGACUACAGGCAAAGUAUCCGUGAGCUGGAUGAGAAGGAAUUCAUCACACUCCGGCUAGUAUGCUGUGAACUAAGAAACCAAUAUGCUACAUUGCAUGAUAUCAUCAUCAAAAAUAUUAAUAAGAUACGCAUUCCGCGAAGCAGCAAUGUGGAGCAGCUAUACUAAAAUAUGGCUUGGAGAAGACACAUAGGGAAAGGAUUCCUCUAAAACAGUGGCAUGGUAAAAGAUGUAUUUUGAAAGGAUUCCUGUAAAAUAUGACUUGGUAAAUGUUAAAGCAUGGAUGUGACAAAUGGCCACGUGAGCUUGGCAAGUUGUAAUUUUGGAGGGAAUUAUUAUUCACCUUCCCAAAGCAUUUCAUAAACCGAAAAAUGUUGUUUUAAUUACUUCAUGGGCUUUCAAAGUUGAACAGGUAUUUGAAAGAAAAAGAAAAGUUUUUUUAUGUUAUGGAUUCAGGAAACUGAUGGGUUCAGCAAAGAAAUAGAUGGACCACCACCAUGAAACUGGUCAGUCUUUUCUGUAUUCUUAAACAAGAUUUAUAGAUGAACAAUUAUUAAAUUUAGACCUUAUUCGGUCCAUGUUUCUAUUUUGUCUUGACGUACCUGAAAACAUAAUCCGUUUUAAAGAUAGGUGCCCAUUUGACAUCUGUUUUAAAGACAGGUGCCCAUUUAACUUGCCAUUCACUUCAAUUAGUAAGACCAGACCAUGAAAUUGUCAAAAUAAUAUAUUAUCCUAUUUAAAUGAACAUUCAACUGUUCUGUAUUCUCUGUAAGGAUUACUAUUUAUCUAUAUACACACACGUACUAGUAAAGAAAUUUAGUGUGUGUAUAUGUGUACUUCAGUCGUAUUCAGGUUGUUUGGGACUUCGUAAGGAGCUGACACGGUCAAGGCAUCACACUGCUGCUGUGUUAACGCUGUCAUAAGUAAGAUGUUUAGUGUAAAGCUGAAAUACCCCAGGAUGCUAAUGUUACAGUAAUAUCAAAGCCAUGGUGCUGAAUGUCAUUUGUAUAUAGAGAUACUGAAAACAACUAUUUAUAACAAACUAUUUUUGUGUAUUUGUGCUUGCAAACUGCAGGUUAGGUAUUGCUUAAUGAAACUAAGCCUGGGAAUGUUAUGAUUUAAUAUGAAAAAGAUGAAUAUUUUUCCUUAUGUUAAAAAUAAUGGUUUACUGUAUACUAUUUUGAAUUCAGUGCUGUUUAUGUAAGUGUACAGAAAGGUAUAGUAGCCUUCAGAUUUUAUAAUAUUAUAAUAAAGUU